UUCCUUUGAGGGUCGUGGGCCGACGCCAUUUUGGCCCAGAGGUGCUUCUAGGAAGUGAAGCGCCGACCCACUCGCCUGCCGGACUCCCGGGUACGGCCUUUUCUUCCGGGGCUUCUAGGUCGAAGCAUUCUCCUCUGCCUCUGGUGCUUCCUUACUUUCUGCACCCUCCAAACUCUACGGUCGGGCGGGAGCGUCUGAGCACCGGGCCGUGCCAUCGGGGGUCACAUCGCCCGGAAGGAGGUGACAGGGGCGGCGCGGGGCGCGGACACUCCCCGCUGAGAGCCCGCCUGCCAUGGACUCGGAAUAUUACGGUGGCGACCAGUCAGAUGAUGGUGGCGCUACCCCAGUACAGGAUGAACGAGAUUCAGGGUCAGACGGUGAGGAUGAUGUAAAUGAUCAGCACUCCGGAUCAGACACUGGAAGUGUAGAGCAUCAUUCAGAGAAUGAACCUAGUGAUCGAGAAGAUGGCCUCACCAAGAGACAUCACGUGACAGACUCAGAGAAUGAUGAGCCCUCAAAUCUUAAUGCCAGUGACUCCGAAAGUGAGGAGCUUCACAGGCAAAAGGACAGUGACUCUGAAUCUGAGGAACGUGCAGAGCCUCCUGCGAGUGAUUCUGAGAAUGAAGAUGUCAAUCAGCAUGAGAGUGACUCUGAGGGUGAGGAGACCAGGAAAUUAACUGGUAGUGACUCGGAAAAUGAGGAACUUCUUAAUGGACAUGCAAGUGACUCGGAAAAUGAAGACAUUAGAAAGCAUCCUGCCAGUGAUUCUGAGAUUGAAGAGCUCCCGAAGAGUCCUGCCAGUGACUCUGAAACAGAGGAUGCUCUAAAACCUCCAGUCAGUGACUCUGAGAGUGAGGAACCCCCACCGCACCAGGCCAGUGACUCAGAAAAUGAGGAGCCUUCCAAACCUCGGACAAGUGAUUCAGAAAGUGAAGAGCUUCGUAAACCUCGGAUCAGUGACUCUGAGAGCGAGGAACCCCAACGGCACCAGGCCAGUGACUCAGAAAAUGAGGAACUUCCCAAACCCCGUAUCAGUGACUCAGAAAGUGAGGACCCUCCAAGGCACCAGGCCAGUGACUCAGAAAAUGAGGAACUUCCCAAACCCCGUAUCAGUGACUCGGAAAGUGAGGACCCUCCAAGGCAUCAGGCCAGUGACUCAGAAAAUGAAGAGCUUCCCAAACCCCGUAUUAGUGAUUCGGAAAGUGAGGAUCCCCCAAGGAAUCAGGCCAGUGAUUCUGAAAAUGAGGAGCUACCUAAGCCCCGAGUAAGUGACUCCGAGAGUGAGGAGCCUCCAAAGGAACCUGCCAGUGAUUCAGAAACUGAAGAUGUCUCCAGACACAAACCGAAGCCAGAGUCGGAUGAUGACAGUGAUGGGGACAAUAGGGGAGAGGAUGCAGAAAUGCACACUGACUCCUUUCAUUCAGAUGGUCAUACGGACAGAAAAAGAUUUCACAGUUCUGACAGUGAGGAGGAAGAACCCAAAAGGCAAAAACUUGACAGUGACGAAGAUGAGGGAAGAGAGGGUGAGGCGGAGAAAGUAGCAAAGCGAAAAGCUGCUGUGCUUUCGGAUAGUGAAGACGAAGAGAAAGCAUCAGCAAAGAAGAGUCGUGUUGUCUCUGAUGCAGAUGACUCUGACAGUGAUGCUGUAUCAGAUAAGUCGGGCAAAAGAGAGAAGACAGUAGCAUCUGAUAGUGAAGAAGAAGCAGGGAAAGAAGAGUUGUCAGAUAAGAAAAAUGAAGAGAAAGAUCUAUUUGGGAGUGAUAGUGAGUCAGGCAAUGAGGAAGAAAAUCUUAUUGCAGAUAUAUUUGGAGAAUCUGGUGAUGAAGAGGAAGAAGAGUUUACAGGUUUUAACCAAGAAGAUUUGGAAGAAGAGAAAGGUGAAACACAGGUAAAGGAAGCAGAAGAUUCAGAUUCUGAUGAUAACAUAAAGAGAGGAAAACAUAUGGAUUUUCUGUCGGAUUUUGAGAUGAUGUUGCAGAGGAAAAAGAGCAUGAGUGGCAAGCGCAGACGGAACCGUGACGGUGGCACCUUUAUUAGUGACGCAGAUGAUGUUGUGAGUGCCAUGAUUGUGAAGAUGAAUGAAGCUGCUGAGGAAGACAGACAGUUGAAUAAUCAAAAAAAGCCAGCACUGAAAAAAUUAACUUUGUUACCUACUGUGGUUAUGCAUCUUAAGAAGCAGGACCUUAAAGAAACAUUUAUUGACAGUGGCGUGAUGUCUGCCAUCAAAGAAUGGCUCUCACCUCUACCAGAUAGGAGUUUGCCAGCAUUAAAGAUUCGAGAGGAGCUGUUGAAGAUUCUGCAAGAGCUACCUAGUGUGAGCCAGGAGACCCUGAAACAUAGUGGGAUUGGACGAGCAGUGAUGUAUCUCUAUAAACACCCCAAGGAAUCAAGGUCCAACAAGGACAUGGCAGGGAAAUUAAUCAAUGAAUGGUCUCGGCCUAUAUUUGGUCUUACCUCAAACUACAAAGGAAUGACAAGAGAAGAAAGAGAGCAGAGAGAUCUAGAACAAAUGCCUCAGCGACGAAGAAUGAACAGCACUGGUGGUCAGACACCCCGAAGAGACCUGGAAAAGGUGCUGACAGGAGAGGAGAAGGCUCUUAGACCUGGAGAUCCUGGAUUCUGUGCCCGUGCAAGGGUCCCUAUGCCUUCAAACAAGGACUACGUUGUCAGGCCCAAGUGGAACGUGGAGAUGGAGUCAUCCAGGUUUCAAGCGACCUCCAAGAAAGGUAUCAGUCGACUGGAUAAACAGAUGAGAAAGUUCACAGAUAUCAGGAAAAAAAGCAGAUCUGCUCACGCAGUGAAAAUCAGCAUCGAGGGCAAUAAAAUGCCAUUGUGACCAUGCCUGGGAUGAUGUGUCCCCGCCUCCACUGUUAAGAAAUGUGCAACGGACUCUUUGGAGAAAGAAGAUAUUUUAAAAAUUUUUUAGUGUGUCUGUAAAUGAAUGGUUCAGCUUGUAUUAAAUGUUGUCAUAGGACCCACAGUUCUCUCAGUUGUAUUUAAAACCGUUUGUGUACUUUGUACAGAGGGAUAUUAGUCUUCUAUAAACUUUACACAAUAAAAUUUCAUUCUGGUUUU